AUGGAUAUAUAUCACAUCCGCUCCGGUUUAGUAGCCUACGUUCGUCAGCCGGUGGUUGGCAUUGGCCUCUACGCCGAUAGACAUGACAUGAGAUCGCGCUCUGGUGAAGGACAGUCAAAAUUGACAAGCAGUAGGGCAAGGUUGAUCUCGAAUUCUUCGAGUUGCUUGUAUCACUUUCGCAAUCGGUCUUUGAAAUUAAGGCAUCGGGAGAAGACAAACUUUUCGUUGUCGGACGAGGGACCCGAUUCUCCGUCACUGUCCCAGCUUCAUAGCGCGGUUACGCGUGGCAGGGAAUGUGACCUGUGGCGGGUUGAAUGUUAUCUCCAAGGACGUGGGAUGGAUUUGAUGUAUAUCCCGGCUCUUUUCAAAUGGCUGGAGACUAAUGAGGCCGGAGCUGAUGAAUAUGUUCCAAGGUCCUGA